AUGGCUUCUCCCGAGCUGGCCAUCACCAAGGCGACGCUGUCGGCCACGCUCUUUCGCGCCGACCCAACCUCGCUGAACCGCGCCGCGGUCGACGCCUUCUUCACGCUGCUAGACGACGCCAUCAUCCAGUGCUCCCGCCAGAACGUUCAGAAAUGCAAGGCUUGGAUAGUCGACAACGUGGUCCCAUCCGCCGCGCGCUGCACAGCCUUGGGCAAGUUCUGGGCCGUCCUGUCAAAGAAUCUGGCCGUGGAGAAUGACGGGAAGAAGCGCCGCAGCGCCAAGAGACGGAGGCUGCACCUCCUCUACAUUGUCAAUGAUGUCCUUUACCACGAGCUUGUGCGCCAGAGCAACCGCAAGCUGGGAGAGACGUGGGCUGGCGUCUUGCCCGCCAUGAUUGGGAAUGCGGCGGCUUUCGACAACUGCCCCAAGCAUAAGAGCAAGCUCAAGGGCCUGAUUGAUUUGUGGGAGGAAAAGGGGUACUUUACGCCAGAGGUGGUUGCGCAGCUUCGCACGGCUCUCGCCAACGGCUCUGCUGAGAUUACGGCUGUCAAUCUUGAGCUUUCGGAGAGCUCCCUUAAACUCGCCAAGGACGCGCCGUAUAUUCUACCCUCCUUCCAUGGCGAUGCUUCCAUCCCAUGGUACGAUCUUCCUGCGGGCACCUGGCUACCUCACAUCACACCAAACUCUUCCAGACCCAUGAUCCCCGAUCAAAUCCGCCCCAUCCAACUCGCGGCAGGUCCUGCGGAAAAGCGAGUCGUGGAUGCUGUCAAGAUGUUGCUGAAAGACGCAGACUACGUCUACGCUAAAGAGAGCGAGCCGAGCGACGACUUACAGACGGGCUUCAGCGAACUAGGCGAACGUAUCAUUGUGGACGAGAUUACGGGUGAGGUGCUUCGAGGAGAGAGUUACUACGGCUGGUCUCGCCAAUUCUGCGAGCGCAUGAGAGAGAGACAGAAGAAAUCUGCAAAGGCGUCCGGAGAACGCUCACAGUCCGCAUCGAGAUCACGGCCGAGAUCAAGAUCAAGCAGUUACUCCAGAGAUCGAUCCCGAAGCUUAUCUCCACCUUCGUUUAAGCGACCUCGGCUUUCAGCGCGCGACAGGAGUCGCAGUCAAAGUCGCAGUCGUGGUCGCAGCUACAGCCGCAGCCGGAGCCGGAGUCGAAGCCGUCGUCGAGAUGGCAGCCGUAGCCGGGGCCGCCACAGUCGCAGCCGCAGUCGAAGCCGAAGUCGUGGGAGAUAUGACAGCAACGACGCAUCUGGUUCCAGGUACCGGUCAAUAUCACGCCAGUACAAUGAUCGCUCUCCUCAGCCUCAGCUUCAGCCUCAGGCACCGCCUAAUAUGCCGCCUAUGCCAUUCCCUCCACCACCCAACGCCAUGGCAUUUCCAUUUCCGCCUCCCCCUCUGCCGGGAUUCCCACCGCCCCCGAUCCCUCCU